AUGAGUAAUCCUCGAGCGUCGUCUAAGAAAAUUGAGGUCGUCAAAGGUGACGACGCGAUUAAGGGAGUAGUUUCGAAAGAUGAGACUCACAUCCAAGAGCUCGUUGCCAAGGGCGACGACAACAAGGAUGCGUCCAAAGGAGUCGAGGAACAAAACCAUGACCCUGACUUCAAGACACUUGAUGAGUUCCUCAAGGACAAAAUCAAAGAGGCAGUAGCGGUGUCAAUUGACUUGAGAACGACAAGCCCGGCAGACCUUGCCAAAAUGUCUGAUCAGCAACGAGAAAUUUUCUUUUCAAAAAAGAUCUCUACGAUUUUCGAAGUAACCACUGCUCACAUCCACACAUUUUGUAAUACAGUUGCCAACGAAGGAAUCGAGCAUUUCGAGAAGGAAAGGGAAAUCGAAAACAAGGAAAGCUACUCGUAUUCCGAGUUAUACACUCUUCAAUACGUCGCCAGAAAUAAGGCGCACACUUCGGCCAAAGCAUUUGUUGGAGCGCUGAUGGCUGAAAGACUGAAGCAAGCGGGUCCAUCUGUUGACUUGGCGGGACCUACCCACACCGUUGUUCGCUUUUACGCUUUGGCAAGACUCGAAGAUCACUUCGAUGCUCUCUGCAAGAAGGAAGACGAGGAGUACAAAAGCAAGAACGUCGAUCCAAACGGAAGUCCGUUCGACGAAACGGAGGAGCAGAAACUGGAAAAAAAGGAAAAAGAGAAGAAGGGAGACCGGAGAAGGGUUUCGUAUAUGGUCAAAGUGUGGAAUUCUCUGAAGGUUGAGAAUGAACAAAUGUUCCGUGAGAUAAAGGCUGCUCAAAGGAGGAAAGCACAGUCGGAAGCGGAUCGGGGAUUUCUGGAGGCAAAUAUUGUUCUACUCAAAAUUCGAGAACGAGCGCAGAUGGAAAAUGCGAGAAACCGUGAAAUGAGUGCGAGACUGCAACAAGCGGUUAACGAGAUGAACGCAGCAAACCAAAUCACUCAUCAAGUCAUCUAUCCGCCACUUCCACCACCGGACGCUCUUCUCUAUCCAAUGGGUUCCACGACAAGAUGCGUCUGCAAGCCAGGUUGUCAAGUCCAGUUACAAGAGCCGUCAUAUCACAUUUUGACUCCGGAUGACUUGGCAUAUUGGGGAAUCACCGAGGAGAGGCAACAACAGCUCAAACGAGGAGCCCCACGUUCACCACCUAGAAAAUAA